GUGCACUGAACUUUUUCCUCACUUGAGGUCUUUCAACUGACUCUCAAAAAAUGCUCUCAUGGCAUGCCUGGUGGACCUGGGACUUGCUGCUACUGCUCUUUGGCUUGUCAAUCCAUGCUGGUUCAGCAGCUCAGAUCAUAGAAGAACGAGGUUCAAAAGGACAUCUUGACCUCACGGAGUUAAUAGGAGUUCCUCUUCCUCCUUCCGUCUACUUUGUCACCGGCUAUGGAGGGUUUCCAGCUUACAGCUUUGGUCCAGAUGCUAACAUCGGUCGAUUGACAAGUGCUAUAAUACCAUUGCCUUUCUAUAGAGAUUUCGCUAUCGUAGUUACAGUGAAACCAAACAGUGAUCAUGGAGGAGUGCUAUUUGCAAUAACAGAUGCCUUCCAGAAAACUAUUUACCUGGGAAUGAGACUUUCACCGGUUGAUGACAGCACCCAGAGAAUAAUUAUGUACUACACAGAGCCUGGUUCCCAUGUCUCCCGAGAGGCUGCUUCAUUUAAAGUGCCAGUGAUGACUAACAGGUGGAAUAGGUUUACAGUGACUGUUCAGGGAAAUGAUGUUGCUUUGUUCAUGGACUGUGAAGAAUAUCAGAGAGUUCAGUUUCAAAGGUCAGCUCAAGCCUUGGUAUUUGAAUCUGGCUCUGGGAUAUUUGUUGGUAAUGCAGGAGCCACAGGAUUGGAAAAGUUCACAGGCUCAAUUCAACAUCUGACAAUCAAAUCUGACCCAAGGGCUACUGAAGAUCAUUGUGAAGAUGAUGAUCCUUAUGCUUCAGGGGACAUCAGUGGCAAUGGCAGCACUCAAGAACAUGAAGGUAUUUCUGAGACACAAGAAGUCCUUGCACCUUCUCAUCUUCCCAUAAGGCCUGAAGAUACGUUGGCUGAGCCAGUGGAAGCCCCCCCAACUAUAUUGUCUUAUUUGGAAGAAAACGAUUUCUCUGGAAAUCACAGAUCAGAAGAAACCUCUGAAGCAACUAAACUUAAAGAACAAGAUUCAGCUGUCAUGGAAACUGGACAAGGCAACAGUGAGUCUACCACUGUCACACAGAAAAUCUUAAGAGAAGAAGAUGGCUCUGGUGCUAGUGUUUUGCCAGGAGUAAGCGAAGAGGAGGGCCAGAAAGGUCAGGAAGGAGUGCAUGGGCCCACAGGAUCUCCAGGAAGGCCAGGAGUAGAAGAUGUGCAGAAAAAAGAUCAAGGACCUCCCGGACCUCCAGGGAAACUUGGACAACAUGGUCAGCCUGGCAUUCCUGGUAAAAAUGGCUUACCCGGUAAAAAUGGACUUCAGGGGUUGCCAGGACUGAAAGGAAAAGCAGGCCUAAAAGGUGAAAAGGGUGAUCCUGGUGAGGGAUUGCCAGGACCCCCUGGGCUACCAGGACCCGCAGGACCAUCUGCUCCUUCCAGAGGAUUAAAUAGACUGGAACCUGAGGAAUCAGGUUCUGGAGACAUUGACGGAGAGACUGAGAUUUUAAGAGGUCUUCCUGGGCCACCAGGCCCUCCAGGACUGCCUGGUCUUCCGGGAAAGCCAGCACCGGAUUCAAGUGUAGGACCUUCUGGGUCACCAGGGGAAGAUGGAGCUUCUGGUGAACCAGGCCCUGAAGGUCCUCAAGGUCCUCCUGGUCUUGAUGGAGUGGUUGGCCCACCAGGACAGAAGGGAGAAAAGGGUGAUCAAGGUCUUCCUGGUUCUGUUGGUCCAAAGGGUGAUACUGGAGUCACUGGAUCAAUAGGCCCCAAAGGAGAAGCUGGUGCUGUUGGGUCUCCUGGGAAACCUGGACCACCAGGACCUCCUGGGCCCCCUGGGCCCCCUGGACCUCCUGGACCCCCAGGACUAAGCUACAGUUUGGGAUUUGAGGACAUGGAAGGAUCAGGUAGCAUUGGCCUGUUAAGUGAAUCCAGAAUUCCAGGAUCAAGAGGGCCAAAGGGAGAAAGAGGCAACAUUGGUCCACCAGGUUCAAAGGGAAUGCGGGGUACAGAUGGAAAACCAGGCUUUCCUGGCAUUGCUGGACAUCCCGGAGAUGUGGGUCCAAAAGGGGAGAAGGGUGACCCAGGACCUCAGGGUGAACCAGGACAGGACGGGAACAGUAUUGUGGGACCGCCUGGACCACCAGGACCACCAGGACCAAUCAUAACAAUACCUGAGCUACUACUCAAUGAUACAGAUGGAAUUUUUAACUUUACUGGAAUUAAAGGACUGCUUGGGCCUCCAGGGCCAGAUGGCAAGCCAGGUCUACCAGGAUUUCCUGGCCCUCGGGGACCUAAGGGUGAUACUGGUUUGCCUGGAUCACAAGGACCGAAAGGACAACAGGGUGAAAAGGGAGAACCAGGAGCUAUCAUUGCUGCUGAUGGAUCUUUAACUGAAUUAUUAGGAAGAAAAGGGGAGAAGGGUGAAGCUGGAGUGGUGGGACCAGUGGGACCAAUGGGACCAAUAGGACCUACUGGACCUAAAGGAGAACUUGGUUUCCCAGGACGUCCAGGCCGCCCAGGACUGAAUGGACUGAGAGGUGUGAAAGGUGAUCGAGGUGAAGCAUUUAAUGGCCUUCCUGGCUUGCCUGGACCCCCAGGGCCCCCUGGACCUCCAGGACGUAUAGUUUAUAUCAAAGGAACAAUUUUCCCAGUCUCUCCCAGACCUCAUUGCAAAAUGCCCGUGAGCACUCCUUACCCUGGAAAUCAAGAAGCUCUUCAUGCCCAUGGUGCUAAAGCAAACAGAGAUUCCUGGGGGCUGCACAGAUCAGCGGACUUAAAAGGAGAAAAGGGAGACAGAGGUGCUCCAGGACCACCAGGUCCACCUCUGCCUCCAUCAUAUUUCAGCCACUUUAUUAAUAGCAUAAAGGGUGAAAAAGGAGACAAUGGAGUCACUGGUGUAAAAGGAGAAAAAGGAGAACCAAAUGGAGGGUUUUUUCUGACAGGACCUCCUGGACCGCCUGGAAGACCAGGAUUAGCUGGACCAAAAGGGGAUUCAGUUGUCGGACCCAGAGGACCUCCAGGGUUACCUGGCCUACCUGGCUUACCAGGUUAUGGAAAAAUUGGACCUCCUGGCCCACCUGGCCCACCAGGCCCACCAGGACCCCCUGCAAUAUAUGGCUCAGCAGCCGCAAUGCCUGGGCCACCAGGUCCUCCUGGAGAGCCAGGGUCACCUGCAACCAGGAAUCUGGUUACGACAUUCCAAAACAUUGAGGGUAUGUUGGAAAAAGUUCAUUUGGUAGCAGAAGGUACGCUAAUCUAUCUGAGUGAAACCAGCGAGGUUUUUAUCCGUGUUCGAAAUGGAUGGAGAAAAUUGCAGCUUGGUGAGCUAAUUCCUAUCCCUGCUGACAGCCUUCCUCCUCCAGCCAUAUCAAGCCACGGAUUUCAGUCUCUUCCAGCACUGAGUCCAAUAUCAAAUAUGAACAAUGGAAAACCAGCACUGCAUCUGGUAGCUUUAAAUGUGCCGUUUUCUGGUGACAUGCGAGCAGAUUUUCAGUGUUUUCAACAGGCCCAACUAGCAGGUUUGAUGUCCACCUAUAGAGCCUUCCUCUCAUCACAUUUGCAAGAUUUGGCCACAGUUGUCAGAAAAACAGACCGAUACCAUUUACCAAUAGUCAAUCUUAAGGGAGAAAUACUUUUCAACAACUGGGAAUCUAUAUUUAAUGGAAACGGUGGACAAUUCAACAUUCAUGUUCCAAUAUACUCCUUUGAUGGGAGGAACGUCAUGACCGAUCCAUCUUGGCCUCAAAAAGUAAUAUGGCAUGGUUCAACUGCAAAUGGGAUCCGACUGGUUAGCAACUACUGUGAAGCCUGGCACACAGCUGAUAUGGGAGCUAUGGGACAAGCAUCACCGCUGAAGACAGGGAAACUUCUUGAUCAGAAAGUGUAUAGCUGUAGUAAUCAGUUUAUUGUUCUCUGUAUUGAAAACAGUUUUGUAUCUGAUCUCCAAGGAAAAUAAUUCACCUGUUGCACAUAGGAAUAUUCCAUUUUAUGACAGAAAAAGCUGACACUGAAAUUUCAUUUGUAAUGAUGUAAAUAUUUUACAUUUUGUAAUUGCACAUUUCAGGAAAAAAUAGCCAAAGAAAACAUACCUCAACACAAACCGCAUUCCAGUUCGGUGGAACAUCCAGUGCACAUGCGGCUGACUUAAAGCCCUUCCUUCCACUUGAACCCCACACGGUUCAAAGUUUGCCAAUAAUUAAUUCACAGCCCCUUGUCUUUCUGGCUGAGCUGAAGAUCACUUAAGGGCACAAGUCAAGUGUGGUCUCUGAGGAAGAUCCUGUAGCCUGUCUCAUAAGCAGUCUGGCUCAGCAAGGCUGCUGCUUCUUCACAGUUGAGAAGCUGCAUGCUCUAUGCUCUUCUUUUCACUUGCAUAGAUUUUGAAUACCCAAGGCACUAUUCAUAUAUAUGUAUAUAUACCUACUGCCCCUGAGCGAAUAAUGGGAGGCUGUUACAUCUUGCAGGGCUGGAAUUUUCGAAAAAGCUUUAAGAACAAAGGUGCUCACCUCCUUUGAGUUUCAGUGGAAGCCGAGUACCUAGCUCCUGUAAGCUUGUACAGAUCGCAGCCUGGUGCUUACACAUAAAUUUAGCAGCUUCCACAUCUUACUGCAGCUUUUUUCUGUGCAGAUUCUAGGCAUAGGGCUUUACGCAGGAGGAGUGAAUUUCACCUAGACAAAAUCUGGUCCUUAUUUUGGUGCUAUUGUUACCAGGAAACCUGGAGCAACGUUAAUAGAAAACAUCCUGUUUUACUGGUAGAACUGUGCAAAGUAAAUGCAGACAGACGAACCAUCUGACCUUUAUUUAUUUCAUUGCGUAUUAGAGGAAGUCAUUUCCUGUUGUGGCAAACUGCUGAAUGAAAGAUGUCUGUCUUGGUUUCUUUAAAAUAGGUUCUAGACAUUGUUAUCCCACUAAGUUAUAUGUAAAGUGAUUUUCCUUUUUGUGAAUUUACCCUUCUGGCAUUCACAUAAUUAAAGAAUUAUUAAUAUAAUAUAACAGCAGCAAUGACAGGAAUGAUCAGUGAAUGCUAAUAUUCUUCGCAAACAGUAUCAUCAUAGUAUCUCAAGUCUUUUGCCUAUAUAUUUGUCUACUGCAUACUUUAAACAACAUAUUUACUUAUAUUUUAUCAGGCAGUAACUAUGGAGGUCAAACUCCACAUUAUCAUUUUUUAAGAUUUAAUCUAGAGUCUGUGUCGGAAAUACAUGUUCAUUUACUGACAAAUAGAGUAUUAAAUUACUAGAUAGCUACCUUCAAAAGACAAAAGCAAAUCACACUUACUAACUAAACUGAUAUAUAACAAUAUUGUGAAAUCCAGCUUUAUUUUUCCAAUUUACUAUAAAAGCUUAUUUCCCAGGG